AUGGACAAGCUGCCUCCAAAAUUCCCAGCAGGGGUGCAAGAUCCGCAACAACUCCUCGAUCCUCCAUACAGCUACGUCGCAUACGGUCCCGACGCCAAUUGCACCCUGGAGAUCUGCCCCAUCAUUCUCAGCGUCUACCAAUAUCAACCUUCGAUCGCCGCGCAAGCCGUCUUUAUAGCUCUCUUCGGCAUCAGCGCCCUCAUACACUUAUACCAAGGCAUAAGAUGGCGGACGUGGACAUUCAUGGGCUGUGUGGUCACGGGCUGUAUAUGUGAACUUAUAGGAUAUCCGGGAAGGAUCACACUGCACGAUGAUCCGUUCUCGUUCAAUGGGUUCUUGAUACAGAUCAUCUGCAUCACCUUCGCCCCCGUCUUCAUGACCGCAGCCAUCUAUUUCACCCUCGCAAAAAUCGUCAAUUACCUCGGACCUCAAUACGCCCGCUUCCCCGCAAAAUUCUACUACUGGGUCUUCAUCCCCUGCGACGUUAUCUCACUCGUCCUACAAGCCAUCGGCGGGGCCGAAUCCUCGCAAUCCACAGGCGACAAUUCCGCUGCCGUGAGCAUCUCCAUUGCUGGGCUGUCCUUCCAGGUCUUCACAUUAUGCGUCUUCAUAAGCCUGUCGCUGGAGUUUGCGUGGAGAUAUUACAAGGCGACGAAGAACGAGAAGAAAUUGCCCACGAAGUUUAGGGUGUUUGUGGCGUUCUUGUCAGGAGCGAUCGUCUUGAUAUUGAUCAGGUGUAUCUAUCGUAUUGAUGAGCUGAGUGAUGGGUAUAGUGGGCCGUUGAUUCAUAACGAGGGGCUUUUUAUUGGCCUGGAGGGAGUGAUGAUUAUCGUAGCUGCGUUCUUCCUUAAUGUGGCACAUCCCGGCCCUGUCUUCCCACGAGGCGAAGUGCUGCAUGUUGAUGAAGAGCCUGCGGAAGAGAUGAGAGAAGAUGACAAAGUAUGA